GGCCCACGGCAGUAUCCGGCGAACACGGAAGCCUAGCUGGCAUCGUGAUCCAUCGGCGAAUUUAUCCUGAUGCUCUGUGGUUGUCAGUGGUGGAUGAAGCAUCCGGCACAACAUGUCGCGAGAUUUGCUACCCGGAAUGUCAAUCUCUGCCUGCCAGAGACCUCUGGCGUGGCGUGAAGCUUGGAGAUGACGUCCAUGCGGUAGGAUGUUGGAAGCAGAAAGGCUUCUGCGGUCAAUGCCUCGAGGCAACUUCGGUAAUUGUAGUUUCGAUGAGAAAGUGGAGCAUUCAGCGCUGCCUGACCAUGCGAUCAGGGCUGUUUCGGCCGCAAAGACCACGGCCGGAAGGAGUGCCACGCCCUAUGCCGGCUGCUGUAGCGCCCAAACCACAUUGCCCCCAGGACGUGCAUGGCGGCCCAAACACUUUGGAGCGCGCUCAGGCCGUUGCCGAGCUGCUUCUUCGAGUGGCCGGAGGAAACGGGAUCCUGAACCAAGGAACGGGGGUCAUCGACGUGGCUGGCGGAACAGGUCUACUUUCCUUAGCCUUGGCUCUUCGAGGGGUGCGCGCCACCAUUGUGGACCCUCGGCGAAGUGCAGGUUGCCUACCAAGCCGUGCGCGAAAGCUGAUGCGGAAGUCAGGCGCUGGCCCCCUGAUGGGAGCCUGCCGCGCGUGGUUCGGCGGCCGCCUGGAGGGUUCUGACGACUCUUUCAGCGGAUCCGGUGAUGCCGUUCCAGCUUGCGACGAAGCUUUGGUUGAAGGCUGCUCUGCGCUUGUGGCACUACACCCAGAUGAGGCCACAGAAGCAGUUGUGGACGCUGCGCUCCGGCUUCGGAAGUCUUUCGUGGUUGUCCCAUGCUGCGUCUUCGCACGCCUCUUCCCCACAAGGACCCUCGGUGGCCGUGGUGUAGCCACACUGUCGGAGUUUCGCGAAUACCUUCGUCGAAAGCAUCCAGAAGUCAACGAG